AUGCAAGCUAAGCUAAUGUUUUACGAGGCUUUAUAUGAAGCAAGUUUAAAGAUAUUCAAACAUGAAACCGAUGUUAAGGAAAAAGAAAAACAAAUUGAAAUCCCUAAAUGGCUUUCAUUGAGAGUUUACAUUUUGGAGACGAAAGAAAGUUCUCAAGAGAUUACACUUUUCAAAAAUAUGACAUGA